AUGACGAAAAAAAAAGGUACAAAGAAGCCCAUGGAUCCAUCUAAGAUAACACCUGAAUACAUAGAGAAACAACGACGACUAAGAAAUGAAAGGAAAGAAAAUGAGCGGAAAGAGAAAGAAGCUCGAGGUGUGUUCGAUUCACCUGGACCAAUUGAAAAAUUUAUCAAGCGCCCCUUCCUUGAGGUGGAGCCACUCGAUGAUUCCAAAUUUAAUAUUGCUAUAAUGAGCUAUAAUAUGCUAGCUCAAUGUUUGAUUCGAAGAGAUUUAUAUCCAACUAAUGGUAAAAUAUUAAAGUGGUCGGUUAGGUCAAAGAUAUUACAUGAGGAAAUAAAUUGGUAUAAUCCAACCAUUUUAUGUUUACAAGAAUGUGACAAGUUUCAAUAUUAUCAUUUUUGGCAGGAAGAAUUGAAAAAGUUAGGGUAUGACUCGAAGUUUUAUAGAUAUAAUACGAAAAAUCAUGGACUUGUCAUUGCAUUUAAGUUAAAUUAUUUUACUUGUAAAUAUCAAUCUUUCAUAAAAUAUGACAAUCAUAUUAAUUAUUUGCCUGAUGAAGUCAGACUCCCGGAUGCUAGAAUCAUCACAAAGAACGUUGGCUUUAUGUGCUUUUUGGAAUUUAAACCAGAAUUGUUGAACAAGUAUUCAUAUUUACUGAAUAAACACGGGAUUAUUAUUGGGACCACUCAUUUAUUUUGGCAUCCUUUUGGUACUUAUGAAAGGUGCUUACAAACAUAUAUGAUUCUACACAAGCUCAAAGAAUUUCAACACACAUUGAGUAUACUUUUGAAAACGAAUAACGAAUUUUAUUCGUUCUUCACGGGAGAUUUUAAUUCAGAACCAUUUGAUGCUCCAUAUUUAUCGAUGGUAAACAAACCUGUUGUGUACGAAGGUUCAGUGAAGAAUGCUUUAGGUUGUUCAUUGAGUUACACUUUUUCAAAAGAACGAUCAUUGGAUGACGAAGACGAGGAAGAGGAAGUUGAAAAGGAUGAAGAUAAAAUGCAAGAAGAGGAUGAUAGCGAUAAUGAUGAUGAAAGUGGUCAAGAGGAUGAAUCGAAAGUUCUCGACCAGAGAGAGAUCGAAAGACAAAAUAACCCGAAAAAUCCAGAGCCAGAUGUUUUCAUACCGACCAAAGAGCUGGAAGAAAUUAUGAGUCAACUUGAAAAUGCACAUAAUGAUUUAAAUGUCAUUGCGAUUUCUCUAUAUUCUGUUGGCUAUAAAAUUGUUGAUCCCAAAAAUGCUUUGAACACGAACAAUGAACCAUCAUUUUCAAACUGGGUAGAUAAAUGGAAUGGGAUGCUAGAUUAUAUAAUGAUAAUAAUUCCAUGGGAUAAGAAUGAAUUUAAUAAACCAUUAAACAGUGAUUCACCACAAAAACUUUCAAAAUAUGGUAUUAAAUUAACAAAACUACUUAAAUUACCAACCCCAGAAGAAAUGGGUGCAAAACCCAAUGGACAGCCUAGAAUGAAUCAAUAUCCAUCCGAUCACUUAUGUAUAAUGUGUCAAGUCGAGCUUUUAUAA